CCACUGGCUCGCUCGGUGCUGAAGUUGGGCGGAUGGACGGAAAACACCGCUGAUGGAGAUAAAACGGCAGCAUGCAAUCUCAACGCGUGAUACCCCCGAUAUCCGCAUAAACACGUGUAACGACACGCUUAUAGAAGACUGACAUCUAGAACAAAAGGGAUGUCUUAUCCUGGAUCAUUUAGCCCUUGACUCAAGGAAAGGGUGUGCCUGCAAAUACCAGGUGUUUGAAACCUACCUCCACCCACCUCCCGCAUUCUCCAUCAGGCAUGAUAAGAGAAGAUACAAGAGGCCACAUUUUGUUUUCCUGCACUCUGCCUGUCUCAACAUUUGACAUUACAGUCAUGAUUUUCUUACCUGGUCUUCGGAUGGAUCGCUGCUAAUUUGCAUGCCGCAGAGUGUGAGUGGAGUUGAAAUGAGGAAAAGGCAGCAGGGACGCAUUGAAGGACCCCCACAGGCGCCUGGUCACCCGAGGCCCAACACCUGCUGUCUGUGCUGGUGUGGAUGCUGCAAAUGCCUCUGGAAUGAAGACAGAAGGGAACGUUCAGAGAGGCAAACAUGUACAAAGAUGGAUAGCAUAGAAGCGACAGAGGAACAGCAUCCCACACUGGAUGAGGUGAUUGCCUGGUCACGGAGCUUUGAGAUGAUGAUGCGCUCUCCAGAAGGGAGUGAUGUUUUCCGGGAGUUCUUGCGGUCCGAGUACAGCGAAGAAAACCUGAUGUUCUGGAUCGCCUGUGAGGAACUGAAGAAAGAAAGCAACUCAUCUGCUAUCGAUGAAAAAGCCAGGAUCAUUUAUGAAGACUACGUCUCCAUUCUUUCGCCAAAAGAGGUCAGCUUGGAUUCACGGGUGAGGGAAGUCAUCAACCAAAGCCUGACAGAACCCAGCAGUACGAUGUAUGAGGAGGCCCAGCUUCAGAUCUACACCCUCAUGCACAGAGACUCCUUCCCCAGAUUUCUCAACUCAUCUGUUUACAGGGAUCUCCUUAACAGCAAGAGGGCCUGCUUAGACACCUAGGUUUCAGCAAGAACAUUUGUGACAAAAAAGCCCCAAGGUGCCACUUUCAAAAGGUGUGAUGUUUCUUAUUUCAAGAGUGAGUAGUUAAGCAAUUCUGAGCAUCCACUAGUGACCCUGAAGUUCAGUUCUGUUUAAGUGCCAAUAUGAGCUGCUCAGGCAACUGUGACACAGAAAAAACGUGUAGGAAAACUGACAGAUCCAUACUUCCUACUCUCAACUUGUCUUUUUUUCAUUCACCUGUUUUGUCUCUUUUGACUCCUCAAAUCUCCUUUCUAUUCCUGUUUACCUCACCUGUUCUCUUUAUCUCUCUAUUUUCUUUCUACCUGAUCCUUUCCAUCUUUUAUGCCUCCCAUAUCUGAGGACAGCUGAAUAAUGUUAUUAUUAUUUUUUUUAAAGAAAAUCAAAAAACAAACGGAUAAGCGCCGGUAGAUGUUAAGCUAGAAAACCUUUGCAUGAAACAAGGUUAUGGAAUUUACUCUAGUUUGACAUUUAAGCCCUGGACUACAAUGUUUUUUUUUAUUAAAAAAAAAGUUUUUUUAUGCUGUCAUGGGGAGAGAACAUUGUAAAGCUCUUGUAAGCGAAGGGAAAAUUAGCUGUGCCAAUUGUUUUGUAAAAGAGAAGCUGGGAAGCGUAACCGCCGUCCAAACUCUUUCUUUGCGUGUCGACAGUUCUUUAACUGGGAAACAUAAGGGCUAGCUAGUGUGAUUGGGCAGCUAAAUGAAUCAUGAACAUUUCUUUCUCUCUGCAAAAAUCACAAUGCCUCGACAAUGAGUAAGGGCACAAAAGCUGCUGAUGCUGGUGACGACACAGUUUAUUGUGUGAGUCCUCCUAGCCCCUCCCAGUCCGUAACUAACAGAGAGAAGCACAGGUACUGUAUGUCGUGGGCUAUAAGCUUCGCUGGAUUGACCGAGAAUUGCUUGAAAAUCAUUCACCAACGUUCUGGAGGUUCUUAAAAGAGCUUCGAAUUGUCUUACACAUUACAGAAAUGUAUUUUAUUAAACAAAAGUGUAGUGAACACUAUGCCUUGUUUUUGAGAGUUACACUAGAUCUGUUUAAAAUAACUGUGAUCGCCGAGACCUGCUCGAUGAGGUGGCGCGACGAAGUCGGAUCCAUCAGGGAAACUUUGGUUUCUGUCUGUUUUGCGACGAGGAGCGGUCAUUCUCGGUCAUUUUCACAGCUCGGAAAACGGCAGGUUAUCGAAAACAAGUCAGUCUUUUUUGUAAUACUUUUCUCCAGCAUGCGUUUCUUCUGUUGUGUCAUGUACACAUUGCAAUACUCAACCCAGAUAUGAUGUGAACCUCUGCGGGAAGCAUCAUGUUGAAGAUGAUACUUAUAACAGAUGAUUUCCUUUAGAGGUUUAGACGUGUGUCCCUCAAGAAUGACAGCUUUUCAGCUCCAUGUUGUUGGAUUCAAACUUGAAUGUUGCUGUUCAAUUUUCUAGACAUUUAUGUGCUAUUGCAAUCGCAGCAGCCAGUGCAUGAAAACACGAUAUUUAAAAUACUGGUGUGUUAAACCACUCUCUCACCUUUUAUUCAAGAGUGAAUUGCAUUUAAACCAACGUUUUCUGGUCACCAUACCCAACCUCAAAGUGUAAUUUUCCCUGAACUCUUGUGCCAAUGAAUGAACGUUUGUUAAGUAAGUCAUGAUCAAGUUUGUUGUUGUUGGGCUUUCUUACUGGUGCUCUGAGAGUUAAGUGCCAUUCACUCUGCAGGUUUACCACAUUAAAAUGAAAACCUUUGUCACUUUUCAGAGUGCAUAGCUAUCCUUCUUUGAAGUAUUUGUGUGUUUGAGCAUCAGCCAAUGUGAGUAGCUCCUUCAUUUAUGUUGUUUUACAAACCGAAUAGUAGUUUACUUACUGAAGCAGCGAACCAUCAUGGGAAGCUUGGCUUUCCCACGUUUCUAAAACAAAAUUAUUGAAUUUUCUUGUUUGUUUUAAAAGAAAAAAAAUCAUGUCAUUAAAGAAAUGAGCAAUAAAUCAAAAUUGUCUUGCUCUAAAAAAAAAAAAAGAAAGAUCCUGCAUGACACAUGGACAUUUACCAAACUAUAUUUAAGGGGGGAAAUCAGAGGUUGACGAAACUGACACACACUUACUGUAAGUGUUACGAUAAAUGUCAAUGAAAAAUAAUGUGACUGUAUGGCUAUUUCAAUCUGUACAUGUCAGUGAUCCAGGAAGUCCAACAUCAUAGAGGUUAUUGAAACUACUGGACAGGGAACAAAGUGAAUAUAUGAUUAUUUAAGGUCACUUUAAAGCAGAUAUGGAC